UUCUCGUAUUUUGUUUUGUUUUAUUAAACUGAAAGUAUAACUUGUGAUUAAAAAUGAUUAUUGAGGAAGUGAAAAGCACUGUGAGGGUUCAACGAAUAUCUGCUCAUAGUCAUGUUAAAGGAUUAGGUUUAGAUGCCGAGGGAAAUGCGCAACAACAAGCAGCCGGUCUUGUAGGCCAAGAAGCGGCUCGCGAAGCCGCUGGAAUCGUUGUUGAUAUGAUUCGAUCUAAAAAGAUGGCAGGUAGGGCUUUACUUUUAGCAGGCCCUCCUGGAACCGGCAAAACAGCCAUUGCUCUUGCCAUAGCCCAUGAAUUAGGAAACAAAGUUCCAUUUUGUCCAAUGGUUGGUUCAGAAGUUUAUAGUAAUGAAAUCAAAAAGACUGAGGUAUUAAUGGAAAAUUUUCGCAGAGCUAUAGGCUUAAGAAUUAAGGAAACUAAAGAAGUUUACGAAGGUGAAGUUACUGAGAUGACACCAGGAACAGAAUCUCCAGAAGGGGGUUUCGGUCAAACUGUAUCUCAUGUUUUACUUACUCUUAGAACUGCCAAAGGCACAAAACAACUAAAGUUAGAUCCAUCAAUUUAUGAAAAUUUGCAGAAAGAAAAGUAUGUUGGCGAUGUCAUUUUUAUCGAAUCAAACAGUGGUGGUGUUAAACGCCAAGGUCGUGUAGAUACUUAUGCUACUGAAUUUGAUCUAGAAGCUGAUGAAUAUGUUCCUCUGCCAAAAGGAGAUGUACAUAAGAAAAAAGAUGUUAUCCAAGAUGUAACUUUGCAUGAUCUUGAUGUUGCCAAUGCAAAGCCACAAGGGGGUCAGGAUAUAUUGUCUAUGAUGGGCCAACUAAUGAAACCCAAAAAGACUGAGAUUACAGACAAAUUGAGAAAGGAAAUUAACAAAGUUGUUGAUAGAUACAUUGAUCAAGGUACUGCAGAAUUAGUACCUGGAGUGCUUUUUAUUGAUGAAGUUCAUAUGUUAGACAUAGAAACAUUUACUUACCUUCACAGGGCUUUAGAGUCUGCCAUUGCUCCUAUAGUCAUUUUUGCAACAAACCGAGGUCGUUGCACAAUACGUGGUACUGAGGAUAUUAUCUCACCACAUGGUAUUCCAUUAGAUUUACUUGAUCGUUUAUUAAUAAUUAGAACAUUGCCAUACUCACAAGAAGAAAUAGAAUCAAUAUUAAAACUUAGAUCACAAACUGAAGGUAUAUCCAUGACUGAAUCUGCAUUAACUAAAUUGAGUGAAUUAGGAACCACAACUACACUUCGAUAUGCAGUUCAGCUAUUAACACCUGCAGCACUUAGUGCUAAGGUUAAUGGACAUAAUGCUAUCACAAAAGAGGAUGUUGAAGAAGUAAAGGAACUGUUCCUUGAUGCAAAGAGUUCUGCUAAAAUUUUAUCCAUGCACAAAGAUAAAUACAUGAUGUAA